GCCCUUCUGCUUCCGGUAAAUCCCAGCCCAGUUUCCGUCCUGGAGGUUGGGUCCUUGGCUCUCCUGACCUCCUGCACGCGACGACGGUUGCUGGUCCCUGAGCGGGUGAGAGUUGCUAAAGGAAGUGUAGCAGUUCUUGCAAAUAAGAAAGAAGAGAUCUUUCCAUCACGACUGACAGCAAAAUUAACCCACUGGGCAGAUGGUAUUUGUACAAAUCGUGAAUCCGGAGAGGUGAACCUUCACGUGCACCUGUAAUUGCAGAUGUGUUCCAGGAUUGGUCUCUGAUUUUCGGAAGGCUCUCAUUCCUUCCCCCACACCCCUGACCAGGAUUCCUCUUGGCUUUAUCGCAGCGGACAAGCACUCAACACCAAUGCUUUUUAAGGAUUAAGGGCUGUAAUUGCACACACAGUGUGUCAGACACUGCGCUCUCCUGAGUCCUGACCGUGCUCUGUGGUGGCGCUCUUCUUGGAAUUCUUCCCUAUUAAGAUGCCAUAAAAGCUUGUCACCUUUAGGUUUUAAAGUUCCCUGCUGAAACGUAAGAUAUCUUAAGACUGCAGACAAACUCCUGAAAGAUGAGUGAGCACGACGUAGAAUCAAACAAGAAGGAUGAUGGUUUCCAAUCAUCUGUAACUGUUGAGAUGUCCAAAGAUCCUGAUAGUUUUCAUGAAGAAACUGUGGAACCAAAACCAGAACUGAAGGAACCGGAACCAAAGGAACCAGAACCGAAGGAACCAGAAAGGAAGGAACCAGAAAGGAAGGAACCAGAAAGGAAGGAACCAGAAAGGAAGGAACCAGAAAGGAAGGUACCAGGAAGAAGGGAAACACAAACGAAGGAAACACAAACAACCGAAAUAGAAAGGAAGGAAACAAAAAAGAAGAGAGGGACAAAUAGUUACUGUCCUCCACAAGGAACAAUAAAUAAAACAAUUACAGAUGGAGCUGCACUCAUUGCACUAUGGACUCUACUCUGGGCCCUUAUAGGUCAAGAAGUUCUCCCUGGUGGAAAUUUGUUUGGACUUGUAGUUAUUUUUUACAGUGCUUUCCUUGGGGGUAAAAUUUUAGAAUUCAUUAGAAUACCUGUAGUGCCUCCCCUCCCACCUCUCAUUGGGAUGUUACUGGCUGGUUUCACCAUCAGGAAUGUUCCGAUUAUUUAUGAAUUUGUCCAUAUUCCUACCACAUGGUCUUCAGCUUUAAGAAACACUGCCCUUACUAUUAUCCUAGUACGAGCUGGGCUUGGACUGGAUCCACAGGCCUUGAAGCAUCUGAAGGGAGUCUGUCUGCGCUUGUCAUUUGGUCCAUGCUUCCUAGAAGCCUGCUCAGCCGCUCUCUUCUCCCACUUCAUUAUGAACUUUCCUUGGCAAUGGGGGUUCCUACUAGGUAUUUUCAACUCAAGCUCUCUCUGUGUAAGAGCCCUGGCUAUCUUGGAAUGCUCACUGUAGACCAAGCUGACGUCAAACUCACAGAGAUCUUCCUGCCUUUGCCUUCCUACAGCUGGGAUUAAAGGUGCGUGCCACCAGGCCCAGCAAAGCUUUUUUUUUUUUUUAACUUUCAAUUGUUGUUGUUCCAUAGAAAAUGUAGUAUGCAUACACAUACAUAUUUGUGCAUUUAAUGUGGAUUUUUAUUUGUUUUAAAGAUGUAUUUAUUUUUAUUUUAUGAGUGCUUGCCUAAUGAAUGUCUGUGCACCGUGUGCGUGUCUGGUACCCACAGAGUUUGUUUGCAUAGACUUUUAUAGAACUGAAUGGAAAAUUCUGCCUGCUAAUUAUUCCUGCUUUAAAUGACCCUUCAGCUAUAUCUAUUUGGAUUUUACAUUUUGUAAAUGAAUUGCUGAUAUCUGAGAACUGUACUUAGAGUGUUAGUGGCCGAGCCUGUGUAUUUUUACUGUUUAGGGGACAUCUGUGGCAAAAGUCGGGAUCUAGUUGCUCCCUGCACAGUAUCUACCUUUCCUCUGAUAUAGACUUUCAUAUUUCAUGAUUUAUGCAGGCUAUGCUUUAUGUCAGCUUGACACAAAUAGGGUUAUAUAGAAGGGAGCAUCAGUUGAGAAAAUUCCUCCAUUAUAUAGCUUGUAGGCAAGUUUAUGGGGUCUUUUCUUGACUAAUGGAUGCUUGAUAUGGAAGGGACCAACCCAACUGGGGGCCGUGACCUCCCUGGACAGGUGGUUCUCCGUACCAUCAAGAAGCAGAUGCAUCAAGCCAUGAGGAGCAAGCCAGCCAGCAGUGAGCGUUGUCUUUUCAUCAGCUCUUGCCUCCAGGUUCCAGCCUUGAGUUCCUGCCCUGACUUCUCUCCAUGAUGGACUUUGAGUCAAAAGAUUAAAUAAAUCCCUUUCCUCCCCCGAGUCGCUUUUGGUCAUGGUCUUUACCAAAACAGUACAAACCAAAUUAGCACAGAAAUGUGUGCCAGUAUCAUGGAGUAUUACCAUGACAAACCUGACUGUAGUGUUUGGGAGAGGGUGUGGAUGGAUGGGGUUUGGAACAUUGGGCUAGAAAAGCCAUUGGUGCUCAGAGCUUGAUGAACUGUUGAAGGAUCUUGGAAGAUGGGGAUGCUGAAAGGGAUACAGAUGGUGGAGACCUGGCUUGUAAAGUUUCAAAGGGAAGCAAAGACUCUACCUAGGCCAUUCAUGUAAUAUUUUCUAUUAAGAUGAUCAGCUCGAGCUGAAGAAUCAAUGGCGAUGAAAAGAGACCAGAACCACUGAAGUGAAACCAUUGCUUUAUGCUGAUUACUAGGUUAAUGGGCACACUCACUGGGGCUGAGAGAUCAGUGGUGAUUAAGAAGAGAUCUGCUUCACUGUGUGAAACCUCAGCAUAUUUCCCAAGUGUCAGCACACAGAAGCUGUGGUCCAAGAGGGUCAAGGCUGCAUCUCAUGCAGACAGUUUAACUUGGUAAUAUGUAAGAGUUCCCCAGGCGACCAUGAUUUUGCAUGAAGGGCCUAUGGAGAGCUUGGCACUGAAAGGCCAAGAGAGGCCACUGGUGAAGGUUCAGCUUGCAGUGUAAAACCCAGAAUUGGAGGGCUCAUGGUGAGAGACUGAAGUCUGGGAACAUGCAGUCUGAAAGAGGCCACUGGUAAAGAUGCAGCCUGUGAGAUAACCACAUGUUGGAAAUACCAGAACAGUAUUGGCUGCCAAGAAUUGGGACAGAUGUGGGAUGGAGCCUAUUAGACAAGCUGUGUGUGCUAUAGAUGGCAAAGCCAGUGAUAUGGGGUUGCGAGACCUUUUGGAGCCUAGAUGAUCAUGAGUGGAUUCCAGAUGCCAAGAACUGGACUUUUUUCCACGGUUGGACUUCGCUUCUGCUUUGGUUUGAGUGUGACUGUACCCUAGUUCUUCUCUUCUAGAAUAAAGAUUAUUUAACUUGUUUUUCUUUUUCUUUUUUUUUUAAAUUUUAUAGGUGAUACAAAGAAACUUUGGAGUUUUAGAGAAAUUUUGCAUAUUUUUAAAGGAUUGAACUGUUCUUUUGUCUUUUUUAGUUUUUUGAGAUAGAGUUUCUUUGUGUAGGCCUGUCUGUCCUGAAAUUCAUUAUGCAGACCAGACUUGCCUUGAACUCAGAUCUGCCUACCUCUGCCUCCUGAGUGCUGGGAUUAAAGGUGUUCACCACUAUGGCCAGCAUAAAAGGUUGUAUUUAAAGUGUUUCUAUUUUAAGAUAAGAUAUUACUAUUUAGUCCUGGCCAGUCUAGAACUUACUCUGCAGACCAGGUAGUCCUUGAACUCACAAUUUCACCUGCCUCUAAAGUGAGGUUUAAAGAUAG